CGGUAAGCGCGCCGCCGUAACGGCUCGGAACGUUUCAGUUUCAGGCCUCCGCGCGCGCGUGUUGGGUACUCUCGGUGCGUUCGGGCCGCGCGACGACCGCUGCGAACGGCAACGACAAUCGUUAUUCAUUAUUAUGACGAUUAAAACGAUACUCGCGGCCGAAGAGUUCAACGGAAUCAACAGCAGCGGCAACGACUACUGCGACAGUCGCCCACAAUCGUUCCGGUCGUAGGCGCGCCGAAAAUUUAAUAACGCGAACCGACCGUAGUCGGCGUAUUUUGUUUUUCAUGAGCGCCGCCGAACGCGUCUGAUAUGUCCGCGUCAACAUUCAGGUAAGUUGCCCGCAGUGUUGGAUUCAACACCCCGUUAGCACGUUAUUGUCGUUGUCCUAAUGCCGUUGUUGUUUGCGUUGUCGCCCAAACAGCAAAUACGACGAAUACGGUUUCGUGCGUCCGGACGACUUUGAUUACGCGGAAUAUGAGAAAUUCAUGUCCGUGUACCUGACGGUGCUGUCCAAACGUUCGAUGAAAUGGUCUCGCGUCAUGGCGUCGUCCAACCCGCAGCUGAAGAGGACGCGCAACCUCAGACAGUACGUUCGCAAAGGAAUACCGAUGUCUCUCAGGGCCCAGGUAUGUAUCGUGCGAUACACGGGACGCAGAGUGCGCCAUUCCCAGUUUUUAUUAACGAAUUGAAUUUAUUAACAAAUGCGAGUCCAUUUGAAAAUGAAUCCAUGUACCUGAAUAAUUGCCAAAUAUGGAAAUUAGAACCGUCCGUAAACAAUCGGUACAUUGGGUACAUACAGUUUUUAAUGAAUCUGUAGAACCGAUAUUAUACUCUUGUCAAUAUUUUAUUCGGUGCCCAUAAUAUUGAAUUAUAAUUUAUAUUAGCCCGUAUGUUGUGUUCAGGUGUGGACGUCUGUUAGUGGUGUACAAUGGUUAAAGGACGAAUAUGCAGAAUACGGAUCAGACCUGUACAAGAAAUUGUUGAAUAAACCGAUAAACGACGAUAUCAAGAACAUAAUCACAGUUGAUUUACCAAGAACUUAUCCUGAUAAUAUUUAUUUUUAUCCUUCCUCUGAAAAUCAAUCAGCCUUAUACAGAAUUCUUUGGGCAUUUGCUGCACACAAUCCGUAUUUAGGAUAUUGUCAGGUAAAUAUUCAUAUUUCACAUUAUUAUCACCGUCUCGGUUAAUUAAUAUUCUCAAAUUUAAUUGUAUCUGUUUUAGGUUAUAAACAUAUUUAAUCUACCCAACGAGUUGAUUAAUUUAAAACAAAUAAAUGACAUUUUUUUUUUUUUUAUCAAACAAAGUAUUUGUAUUAAAUAUGUUUAUUAUUUAUCUGACGCUCUAAUCAAAUAAACUAAUUUAUCAUAAUUUUACUUUACAACAUUAAUCAUAAAAAUUCAUAUUUUAUUAGUUGGUGAUACAAAUAAAUCCAAAUUAUUUGUUUUUUUCUUUAGAAAACAUUAUUUGAACAUCAGUUGUAAAUAUUAUAACCUGUAUUGGCUUUAUCAAUCUCCCAUUUAAGUUUCAAAGAAAAAAAUAAGUAUAUUUGUAUAAUUUUUAGGUAAAAUGUAAAACAAACUAUAUAAAUUGAUGAAUCUAUUAGGUAUGUUGAAAACUAUGAAAACUUGUUUGUAUGGUUAUUAUUUUCAUUAUCCAUUAAUCUGUUAAUUAUUUAACCCUAUAUUUAUGUUUACACCUUAUUUUGAAUGUCAGAAAUAAUGAAGUAUUUAUAUUUCAAAUUUGUUAUAGUCAUUGACUUAAUGCUAACAAAAAAAAUUUCAAAUUUCAGAAUAUUACUGAAAUAAUAUCACUAAGUACCUUCAAUGUAAAUAUUGUUUUUAAUUUUUAAUGUAUAAUAAAAUAAUUAUAAUAAUUUAGUUUGUUGUUACAUGUUAACUCUGGAAAAGGUUAUCAUGUUAUAAAAUUGGUUGUUUCCGAGUUGAAUACAACACAUCAUAGGAUAUUUAAUUUUAUCAUUUUAUGGUUAGAAUAUAUGAGUAUGGUGAUAUAAUAUAAUAAAAAAUCAUAUAAAUGAUUAUAUACACUAAUAAUAAUAGCAACAACAACAACAAAAUAAAUCUUAAUAUUAUAAAACUAUAAUUUGAUAAAUUAAAACAUAUCACUUAUUAUAAUUAUUCGGUAGUGUAUUAUGACAUUUUUUUUUUUGUUUGUAAUUAAAAAUAUGUUUGCAAAGUUCAAUGUGGUUACAAUCAGUUUAAUUACAAUGCACCUACCUAAUUAAUAUUAUAUAUUUACACUUUUUAAGUUUAAAAAACUGCAAUAAUUCUUCGUAUUUGUAAAUUGCAGGGUUUAAACUAUAUAGCCGGUUUGUUGCUGUUAGUUACCAAAAAUGAAGAAACUACUUUUUGGUUACUACGAGUGUUGGUAGAGAAAAAACUGCCAGAUUAUUAUUCUAAGACUAUGGACGGUGUGGUUGUAGAUAUCGAAGUAUUUUCCCGACUCGUGAAGUAAUUCAUUUUAUCUAUAUUUUAGUAAUAACAAUACCAUAUACCUACUGGUGGUUAGAAAACUAAGGCUAAGUAACCUAUUACAUGCAUUAUUACCAUAUGGUUAUAAUAGUAUGAAUGCAAAGUCAUAAAGUUACAGAAACAAUUAAUGUAGAAAUAAUAACUGUUCAAGAAAGAUGGGCUAACGAUAGUAUUUUAAUUUAUCUAAAUGUACAAUUUAUGUAUAUUAAAAUAUGUCUGAUUUUUGUUAUAGAAAAAAAUGUCCAGACGUGGCUCAACACAUGAUAAAUUUAGACAUGCCAUGGGCACUGAUUGUUACAAAAUGGUUUGUUUGUCUAUUUGCCGAGGUUUUACCAAUCGAGGUACUUACUCAUUUAAUACUCAUAAAAGCAUAAAAGUAAUACUCAUCAACAGAUUAUUUUUAGACAAAAUUUCUUGUUUUUUUAUCUAGACAACAUUAAGAAUUUGGGAUUGCUUAUUUUACGAAGGGUCCAAAAUUAUAUUUAGAGUCGGAUUGCUUUUGGUAAAACAUUAUAGAACAGAAUUGCUGGCAUGUGAAGAUAUCGGAUCGUUAGCAGAAUGUUUCAAGUCAAUCAUUCAACGACCAUUUCCUUUAAACUGUCAUACUUUUAUAAAAGUAUGUAUUUAUUGAGGAGAAAGAAAAAAAUAAAAUUAAUUUUCUUUUUUUCCAUAGAAAAUGUUUACGGGUAUCGGUUCAUUACCCAUGUCGUUGAUUAAUGAUUUGCGUGUACAAGUAUCUGCGGAACGAAAUGCCGAUAUGUCUACUUAUAAAAAUAGAAAAGGGUAAACUUGUAUUUUAAACAAUUUAUCUUUUUUUAAUGUUUUUAUGGUAUAAUGUUUGUACAAAUAAAUAAAUUCUAGUCAUAUUUUCUACGGCAAAACAUGUGGCCAACUAUACUUUAUAAUUAUAACAAUAAUAAUAAUUUAGGAAUCUAUGGUUUGAAAUAAGUAUAUUCCACUUACAAAUUUAUCAUUAAUAUACAAUAUCAUAAUUUAUAUUUCGAACAUACAUAUUAUUAUUUAUGAUAAGUUGUUAAUAUUUUAAUUUUUAUAUUUACACGAUAAUGUUAAUAAUUUUAUUAUGAUUUUUCAUUGUUAUAACAAUAUACUAUUACAUUUUAAUGUAUUCGUGAAUGUAAUUUUCGAAAUAUUUAAUUGUAUUUUAAUAUCCUUUUGAAACAGAAUGACCAAUUUUUUAAAUACUAUUUUUUUGUAAGAAUAAAAACUUUAACUGAUUACAUAAUAUCAAUACUAUUUAAUAAAAUAUAGUUAUAACUAUUAUGAUUGUUAUUUGUUGUGUGUUUUGAUAUAUUUAUUGUAUAUCUAAAAAACUAAAUGCAGCUUAAAAAAAAAAAAAUAUAUUUUUAAAGAAAUGUUUGUGUCAUAUCAUUUAUGUAUCAUAUUGUUUUUUUUUUUAUACUGCGGACUUGUAUGAUUUUUUUUUUAUUGUAUUAGUACCACUAAGAAAAGUAUUUUAAAACAUUAAUGUAUUAAUUUUAUAUUUUUAUUGUUAGUCAAACACCUGUUAUUCUAUGUUACGUUAUAAACAAAUACUAUGUAUUUUGCUAAAGAUGUAAAUCAGUUUUAUUCAAAUAAUUUAAGAACCAUAAAUAUAUUGUUAUUAAAAAUAAUACUCUUGGAAAUGCCAUCUAAUGUUAUAAUUGUUAGAAUUUCAAAAAAAAUGUGAUUGAGGGAGAUUCCAAUAGAACAUAAUUGUGAUAUGAGGACUAUGUUAAUAGAAAUGCAAAGCUAGCGGGGCUUAUAGUUAAUGAUAUGUGAAUGGUGGUAUCCAGUAUAUUUAGCGGUAUGGUUUUAACUGGCAUUUGUAAUUUUUCGUCAGACAUUUUGGUUACUAUUGAAUAUAUUAUUAUGUUAAGUAAAUUAAAAGUAGGUACAUUAUUCUGGGUACCUAUUUAUUGUAUGUAGUACUAUGCACCUAUAACCAAAUUAUGGAGAGGUGGAGAUAGAUCUCCUUAUUUAUACAGUAUAUUGUUUUAUUUAAAAUGGUUAAAAAAAAAGUUCAAGUACACAUUUACAAAAUUAAAAAAAAUGUUAAUCUUUUAAUUGUUUAGUAGGUAUUUAGGUACCAAAAUAUUCUUAGUUUAUUAUUUUAGUAGGUAAGC